AUGGUACUAAACGAAGAGAGCAAAUGUACGAUCACCACAAAGGCGGCGGAUGUUACGUUUACGGCGAAACUGCUCCAUAUCGAGAAUCAGCAAUACUUCUGCGAACAGACUGUGGCCAGUACAUUGGAGAUUGCCAAACGAUACAAGGAGAAUGGUGUGCAAAUGUUUCCCCGCUAUCCGCGGUUUGCUCACGCGUACUUUAACCGUGCGGCCAAGUGUUUGCUCUCCUGGUCACCGAUUGAGGAUCUGGAUCCGGCCACCGAGGGAGCCGGAACGGUCGGGGAAAUGCAAACCUUGCUUCAGACGCUACAGCUUAACAUUUCGGCUUGUCUAAUCAAGGAAAAUCGCUUCGAAGAGGCGCUGCACGUGCUUCGUUAUACGGAUGACCAGGAAAGUCCAUCGCCGAAGGCAACGUACCGCAAGGCACUGGCCCAAUUUAAGGUGAAACAGUUCGACAAAGCGCUCGAAACGUUACAGAAAAUCGACUACACUUCCAGCAAAGAAUGUGCUGCUUUGCAUAAACAAAUACUCGAAACACAACAGCGGGAGGACAGCAAGUACAAUGCCAUGGUGAAGAAAAUGUUUGCCUAG